GGAGACCAUUAAAGGUUGAAUUCGCAUAGUUCAAAGCUCCAUUAUCUGCAGCAGAAGAGAAGACUUUCUUAUCUAUCCCCUUCAGGCUUCAGUUUAGGCAGAAGAUCAGACCAAAACCCAAAAGCAGAGAAAUGGAGGAAGUGAUUCAAGUCCCAAAGGCGAAGCUUAAUUCCGGUCACCAAAUGCCCCUUUUAGCCAUGGGAACUGCGUCUCCCUCGCUUCCAGACCCGGACCAGUUGACAUCCAUCUUUAUUCACGCCAUAGAGAUGGGGUAUCGCCACUUCGACACCGCCCCCAUCUACGGCUCCGAGGAGGCCCUGGGCCGUGCCGUAGCCACCGCGCUCCACCGUGGACUUGUUCCCAGCCGUGACCAUCUCUUCAUCAGUACUAAGCUAUGGUGCUCAGAGACUGACCCUCAUCUUGUAGUUCCAGCCCUUCGGAGAUCAUUGGAGAGGCUGGGGCUAGAUUAUGUGGAUUUAUAUCUAAUACAUUGGCCACUAAGAGUGAAGGAUGCUGCGGAGAGCUUUGAGAUUAAAACAGAAAAUGUUGUUCCUUUUGACAUGAAAGGGACAUGGGAAGAAAUGGAAGAGUGUUGCAACUUAAAUUUAGCUAAGUCUAUUGGUGUGUCUAAUUUCACAUCAACAAAGAUCUCACAGCUUCUCCAGAAUGCUACCAUUCCUCCGGCUGUUAAUCAGGUGGAGAUGAGUGUUGCAUGGCAGCAAGCUAAACUAUUAGAGUUUUGUAGAGAAAAAGGAGUUUAUGUUAGUGCUUGGAGUCCUCUAGGAGCUAAUGAUGCCAUAUGGGGAAAUCCUGGGUUAUUGGAGAUCCCACAACUUAAAGACAUUGCAAUGGCUAAGCACAAGACCACUGCACAGGUUGCACUAAGAUGGGUAUAUGAACAAGGAGCAUGUGUAAUUGUAAGGAGUUUUAACCAAGAAAGGAUGAAGCAAAACCUUCAAAUCUUUAAUUGGGAACUUGAAGAGGAAGAAAUUGCUAAGAUUCAACAAAUACCUCAGCGUAGAGGAUGUAGAGGAGAUGUUUUCAUUCAUUCAAAUGGACCAUACAAAUCAGUGGAGGAACUUUGGGAUGGAGACAUCUGAAAAAAUGACUUCUUUAGAUCAUACUUAAUAAUAAUUGAAU